CAGGAUUUGACCAAGCAGCAAUUGCAAAAUAACAUAGCCGAUAUUAUACGUCUUGAAAUCAAUCGACAUGUUAAGAGUGAUAAAAAGGGUGACCAGGCGUUCUACGUGGUGGACUUGGAGAACAUGGUGCGAAAACACGCCAGCUGGCUACGCUCAAUACCACGGGUUAAACCGUAUUACGCUGUCAAGUGUAACCCAACCCCAAUUGUGCUCGAGCUUCUGGCAACCCUCGGGUGCGGUUUUGAUUGCGCCUCAAAGGGUGAAAUUGAUCAAGUUCUAGGUAUAGGUGUGGCACCCCAUCGCAUUAUAUACGCCAACCCAUGCAAAGCGGGUUCGUUUAUAAGGCACGCUCGAACAGUAGGUGUCCGGUACAUGACCUUUGACAACGAGUAUGAGUUAGACAAAGUCCAGCGCUUAUACCCCGAGGCACUUAUGGUCAUACGGAUUAAGGUGGACGACAGUUAUGCCCGGUGUCCGUUGGGCAGUAAAUUUGGCGCACAUCUAGAUCAAGUGCCCAGCUUGUUGCUCAAGGCAAAGGACUUAGGCGUACAGGUGAUUGGCUGUAGUUUUCAUGUGGGCAGUGGGUGUAUGAGCGCACAGGCCUAUUCGCAGGCUAUAGCCAGCGCCAGGAGUGGCGGUUUUCCAGGAUCACCUGGAGCGACCGAGGUCAGUUUUGAUGAACUUGCGCGGGCUGUUAACGAGUCAUUGGAUUUGCAUUUUCCGGUAAUUGACUUAAAUGGCAACUCAACCAAUUUGACCAUCAUCUCGGAAUUAGGCCGCUAUUAUGUGGCCUCGGCUUUCACACUGGCCACCAGUGUAAUUGCUAAACAAAUUGAUGAGUAUCAAACUGAGCAAGGUACUCGCAUAGAAAUAACAUACUAUUUAAACGAGGGUGUAUACGGGUCGUUCAUUUGCACCAGGCGCAAUGUUAUUUUGCCUGAAAUAACCGUGGGCGAUUGGAUGUACAUGGUGAAUAUGGGCGCGUAUACAGUGUCAGUUGUAACCGGGUAUUGCGGUUUCUCUGUGCCCCGACUCGUGUAUAACAUGUCGGCCCGGGCCAGGAAAAUAUUGAUAGGUUUACCAGGCUGGAAACAAAUUAAUAGAAAUGUUUGCGGCGAUGAAGAGAGUGACCAGGCGUUUUACGUAGUAAACUUAGAGGACAUGGUGCAAAAGCACGCCAUUUGGCUGCGCUCAAUACCACGGGUUGAGCCGUAUUACGCGGUCAAAUGUAACCCAACGCCGAUUGUGCUCGAGCUUCUGGCGAACCUCGGGUGCGGUUUUGAUUGCGCCUCAAAGGGUGAAAUUGAUCAAGUUCUAGGUAUAGGUGUGGCGCCCAAUCGCAUCAUAUACGCCAACCCAUGCAAAGCGAGUUCGUUCAUAAGCCACGCCCGGGCGGUAGGAGUGCGGCACAUGACCUUUGACAACGAGUAUGAGUUAGACAAAGUCCAGCGCCUAUACCCCGAGGCACUGAUGGUCAUACGGAUUAAGGUGAACGACAGUUACGCCCGGUGUCCAUUGGGCAGUAAAUUUGGCGCCCAUCUAGAUCAAAUGCCCGGCCUGUUGCUUAGGGCAAGAGAGUUGGACGUACAGGUGGUUGGCUGUAGUUUUCAUGUGGGCAGUGGGUGUAUGAGCGCAGAGGCCUAUUCGCAGGCUAUAGCCAGCGCCAGAAGUGUGUUUGACACGGGUCUAGCCCUGGGAUUUAAAAUGACUUAUUUAGAUAUUGGUGGUGGUUUUCCCGGAUCGCCCGGUGCUAACGAGGUAAGUUUUGAUAUACUGGUACAUGCUGUUAACGAGGCACUGGAUCGUCAUUUCCCGGUUAUUGAUUUAGAUGGCAACUCAACCAAUUUCACCAUCAUAUCUGAAUUAGGCCGUUAUUAUGUUGCCUCGGCCUUCACCCUGGUCACCAGCGUAAUUGCUAAACAAAUUGAUGAAUAUCAAACUGAGCAAGGUACCCGCACAGAAAUGACAUACUAUUUAAACGAGGGCGUAUACGGAUCAUUCAUCGAUUGCAUUCUCUACGAUCACGUGGUGCCUGAACCUGUACUAAUAAACCAUCAUAGAAAUGAACCGAGGUAUCUAUCUCACCUCGCUGGACCAACGUGCGAUAGUAUGGACUUAAUCAGGCGUGAUGUUAUCUUGCCUGAAAUGACCGUGGGCGAUUGGAUGUACAUGGUGAAUAUGGGCGCGUAUACUGUGUCAGUUAUAACCGGGUAUUGCGGUUUCUCUGCGCCCCGACUCGUGUAUAACGUGUCGGCCCGCGCCAGGAAAAUGUUGGUAAAUUUACCAGGAUGGAAA